UCUCUCAUUUUGAGUAAAAUGGCAGUUCUUACUUAUCAUGAUGAGCAACCACAUUUUGUGCUUUUUCCUUUCAUGGCACAAGGCCAUAUGAUCCCUAUGAUAGACAUAGCUCGUUUAUUGGCACAAAGAGGUGUUAUUGUCACAAUUCUUUUGACACCUUUAAAUGUCAUUAGGUUCAAUAGUGUCAUUGCUCGUGCCAUAGAAACAGGACUAAAAAUUCAUGUAAUUCAUCUCGAUUUUCCAAGCUUAGAGGCAGGGCUACCAGAAGGAUGUGAAAAUUGUGACAUGCUUACAUCAAUAGAUAUGAUGAAGAAUUUCUUUAUUGCUACUCAAAUGCUUGAGACACAAGUGGAAGAGUUGCUUCAAAAUUUGAAACCAUCACCAAAUUGCCUAAUUUCUGAUAUGUGCUUUCCUUGGACGACAAAAGUCGCCAAGAAAAUUAAUAUACCUAGGAUUGUUUUCCAUGGGAUGUGCAACUUUUCUUUGUUGUGCUUACACAAUUUGAGAGAUUGGAAGUUGUUGGAGAGUAUUAGUUCUGAUACUGAGUACUUUUCAGUGCCUGGACUUCCUAACAAAGUUGAAGUGACCAAAGCUCAAUUAAAAGCCAUAGUGGAUCCAAGCAAUCCUGAAUGGAGAGAAUUUGGAGACAAAAUGAAGGAGGCAGAGGAUCAAGCUUAUGGAAUAGUGGUGAAUAGCUUUGAGGAGUUGGAACCAGAAUAUGUGGAAGGAAUGAAAAAGGCCAAAGGUAACAAGGUUUGGACAAUUGGUCCUGUUUCGUUAUGCAACAAAGAUAAACUAGACAAAGUUGAAAGAGGAAACAGGGCCUCAAUUGGUGAACAACACUGCCUAAAAUGGCUUGAUUCUAGGGAACAAGACUCUGUGCUCUUCGUUUGUCUUGGAAGUCUAUCGCGCUUGCCAACAUCACAAAUGAUAGAACUUGCACUUGGCUUAGAGUCAUCUAAACGACCCUUCAUAUGGGUCGUUAGACAUAUAUCACAUGAAUUUAGGAAAUGGUUAAAUGAAGAGAACUUUGAGGAAAGAGUUCAAAGACAAGGGAUUCUAAUCCAUGGUUGGGCACCACAAGUACUAAUAUUAUCGCACACUUCGGUCGGGGGAUUCCUGACACAUUGUGGAUGGAAUUCGAGCAUAGAAGGGAUAUCUGCUGGUGUGCCAAUGAUUACUUGGCCAUUAUUUGCCGAGCAGUUUUGCAACGAGAGGUUCGUUGUGAAUGUACUCAAGACAGGAGUGAAAGCUGGCAUGGAGAAUCCAGUAAUGUUUUUAGAGGAAGAAAAAGUGGGUACACAAGCGAACAAAGAUGACAUUAAGAUGGUCAUUGAAAGAGUAAUGGCUGAAGAAGAGGAAGCAAAAACGAGAAGAGAAAAAGCUAAAAAGCUUGGAGAAAUGGCAAGAAAGGCUAUGGAGGAAGGGGGUUCUUCUCACCUCAAUUUGACAAAACUAAUACAAGAUGUCACAAAGCAAGCAAAUUUUGGGGGUGUAAAGUCUAGCUAGUGCUUCUUGAUUUAGUAUAAAUGCAAUGUACGCAAAUUUUGGAAAAUCUAUGUUAAAUCUAGUGUUCAUUUAUGAA